AUGGCCAUCCGGAAGGUCAAAGUCCCAGCAGCGGCCGGCGCUGCGCUCGGGCAGUGUGCGUCAGGGCGGCCGCGGAGGGGCUGGUGGGGUCUGCAGGCUGCGCCCAUCUGUGGAGACAGCGCAUGGUCAGAGGCACGGCGGGGGUCCUCCCUGCGCCGGCGGGUUUGCCCCCGCGGGCCUGUCCCCAGGCCAGCUGUGGAGUCGCCGCUCAGCCCCGUCGGGGCACGCGGAGGUGCCGGGGAGGACGAACGCGCCCGCAGGCGGACGCUGCCCUCGCGGGAGCCGCUCCUUCUGCACGAUGGCGAGAGCUCAGCUUGCUCGCCGCCCCGGCGCGAGAACUGCCCCCGUCUCGGGCUGCACAAAGCCGGGUCCCUGACGCUGACCCUGACCCGCAGCCCCCAUGCUGAGGGGCCUGAGCAGAUCCACGUGGGGGAUUUCGAUAAGAAUCAAGAAGGCGGAUUUUACCUGCAUGUUUCCGAGCUGCUUCUCCAGGACCCGCCUGGGUUCCUGCGGGGAGGAGCCAAGGAUGAGUUCGCGUGUUUGCCUUUGCGUUUAUGGAGUUACCCAGGUUACGAGAUUUGUCGUGAGGAGUCGGCGUACACGCGGGACGGAUGCCAGAGGAGGAAUGAUGUUCUGGAAGGAGGCGGCGGCUUCCCUGAGGCCAGUCUGAGCGAGGACCCGGCCAGGCCUGGGGAAGGGGCGGCCGCUUCCCUGGACCCCCAGCGGGAGCCGGCGCAGGGCUCUUCCUGCCGCAAACCUGGCGCUUUCAGCACCGACCCCACAAAAGCCGUUUCCCCGACACGGGCCCCACGGCGCUGGGAACGCGCUUCUCGCCCAGAGCCGCAGUGUGGCCUGGGCACCCAGCCGCCGGCGUGGGGCGAGGAAGCCUCCCAGGAACUCCUGCUGCGGAAACCUAUACGUGCCGCCGGCGUCCACCGAGGGCCGGUCACGGGGAGAGCGGAGCAGCGGAGCCGUGCUGCUCAGCUCAGCAGCAAACACUCCUGUCGCCGUAACGGUCCCCGUAAGGUCCUGGGCUCUCGGACGGCAGAGCCCACGGCCACCAGACGCCGGCUUUGCAAAGACACAAUCGGCUCCCGCGGGGCUGGGAUCCCUGAGGCCAAGUCCCCUGGCCCCCGCAGGUCUGGUGUGGCUGCCACCGUCACCGGCCUCCUGGCCCAGGCCCGAGCGCCUCCCAGCGUCCGUGUGCCAGGGGACGAGGCGCCAGACCACGGCUCAGAGGACAUCGUGCUCCUGUUCUGUGGGGGGCAGGGCUCAGAGGACAUCGUGCUCCUGUUCUGUGGAGGGGGGCAGGGUUCAGAGGACAUCGUGCACCUGUUCUGUGGAGGGGGGCAGGGUUCAGAGGACAUCGUGCACCUGUUCUGUGGCGGGCAGGGCUCAGGGGACAUGGUGAAGGGGAAGGUGGUGGCCCUUGUCCACGGGAUCCGGGUGCUGAACCGGCCUGAGUCGCGCCCAGACAGCGGCAGAGGUCUCCGCGUGACCCUGCCCCCAGGCCAGCUCCGGGACCCCUGCUCUGACGGGCCCCUGUGCCCAGGCAAGCACCGCGUGUACUCAGAACACAGCUCUCGUCUGUCCCGAGGCCAGUCCGUGUCUCCCUCCUACCGCUGCAAGGGGGCCCUGAGCUGCCAAAGUCGCUCCAGCUUCGCCCUGGGCUGUGAGAAGCAGCAGAGGAAGAUGGGCUGGCGCCAGCUUCCAGUGGCGUUGCAGAGCGGGGCCUUCCCGCCGACGUCCCUAAAUGAGAGCGUCUCCAAGGCCUUCAUCAUAGUCAUCCCAGCCGCCUCGCGAGUACCCGAUUCCCCAGCGCUCGACGGCGGAAGCGUCUUCACCACAGACCUUGACUCCAUCCUGGACACCCGAGUCCAGCUGCACCUGACCAGGAGAGCCUACGAGCUGAUCAAGUCGGCCAAGGUGGGGAAGUCGGAGCUGGACCCCUGGGAAAGCUUCAGCCCCGACCUGUUUGUCCUGUGCGCGGAGCAGGCCCUCAAGAUGGGGCGGCCCGAGGUGAGCGCCGACUGCGUCCAGAUGUACUUCAAGGUCAAGGGGCCCGUCACCCAGUUCCUGGGCCGAGCGCACCUGUGCCGGGCCCAGCUGUGCGCCCCGCAGUCCACCGACCACCUGGAGGAAUUUGAAAACUGCGUGACUCAGUACCUGAAGGCUAUAAACUUUGCGAAAGGAGAACCGAGGUAUUACUUCCUGGUGUAUAACGCCUCAGUGCUCUACUGGCAAAUGGCGCGGCCCUUUCUCAAGCCCGGACACCGCCACCACCUGAUCCCCAGCCUCUCCCAGAUCGUGAACGUGCUGACUCAGAUCGAGGACGAGGACAAGGAGUGGCGAGCCGAGCUGAUGCUGGAACUUCUUGAGUGUUAUCUGCAAGCUGGAAGAAAGGAGGAGGCUGCUAAGUUCUGUUCCACCGCGGCGCCGUUCAUAAAAUCAAAUGUGCCACAGAAAUACCGACAGAUAUUCUCUCUUAUGGUUCGUCAUGAAUUAAUGGAUGAACUUCAGUUAAAAGAAGAAAAGAAAAAUUCCGUCAGCCUUUCAGUUUCCUUCCUCAUUAAUACGCUACAAGGAAAAAUGGAUAAAAAUGAAUUACCAGAAGAUGUCGACAGUAUUCUGAAAAUGGCCUAUAGACAUUUAAGUUAUUACAAUCACCAACGCUUUCCUUCAAUCAGAGAAGAAAAAAUGCUUCUGCUUUUUGAACUGGCUCACCUCUCUCUGACCUUGAAAUGCGUGGACAUCUCCUCUGACUGCCUCGCAGAGCUGAAGAAAAUCGAAAGCAAAGCCCCUGGGAAGCUGAUUGAAAUCGAAUGUCUGGAGUACGAAUUAGAAGCCUCAGCGCUUGAAAAUAAAGUUAAACUCUACGUCCGAGCAGCUGUUGAGGCCCAGCUGGACAUCACCCGGGGGCUGGACGUCUUGCUGCAGCGCGCCAUCCGCCUGGGCGACGCCCGGGCCAUCCACGUGGUGUGCGCCACGCAGUGGAACACCUGCCUGCCCCUGCUGCAGCACAACCUGCGGCACCACCUGCGCAAGCCGCUGACCAACGUCGCGGAGGUCCUGGAGAAGGUGGACAGCCUCAUGAGCCUGCUGCGCUGCCAGGUGCACAUGGAGGUGGCGCUGCUCGAGGAGGAUGAGGACCGGCUGGAGCCCGCCCUGGAGCACCUGCAGAAGGCCGAGCGCCUCGACAGCCUGGGCCUCUACCAGGACAGGCUGCAGACGGCCAUCCACCGGCUGCGCCUGUGCACCCUGCUGUACCAGGUCCCCGAGCGCGCCGAGGACAAGGCCACCAUGGCCAUCGAGCAGGCGAAGAAAGCCGUCCAGAAAGACGGCGUCCGGAGGGAGCGGGCCCUCCUGGUGAACGCGGGCCUGGCCCUGGCCCCCGACGCCUUCCAGAUCGUGCUCGACAGCGAGAACGAGGCCAAAGUUUCCACCGGGAAGAACCGGGGCCGCUUCAGCUUCCUGGCCGCGAAGGCGCGUCACCACAUGGCCAGCGUGGACAAGGCCGCCGGCCACUUACGGCGCCUGGGGAACGAGAACGACAAAGAGAGGAUACAGAUCUGGGCGGAGCUGGCCAAAGUUGCGCGGAAGCAGGGCGUGUGGGACGUCUGCCGGGCUGCGAGCCGCUUCUGCCUCCUCUACGACAGCGUCAAGGUGAAGAAGCCCUCGAGGCUGCGGAGAGGAAGGAAGAGGCGAGGCGGGGAGGGCUCCGAGCACGAGGCCACGGGGCCGUCGGAGGUCGCCCUGCAGCGGCAGGUGUCCUGUGACCUGCUGCGGAGGUUCGCGGAGGUGGGGUUCAUCAACGCUGAGGCCACGGUCCAGCUGCUGCGGUCGGAAGGCGUGGCCCUGAACGACCGGCCCAUUCCCCCCGAGGACCUGAGCCAGCACCCGGCGGGCUACGUGCCGGAGCCCCCGGAGGAGAACGAGGACUGGAUCACGUACAGAACCUGGAUCGAAAGCCUGUCCCAGUACGCCAUGAACAACUGGCUGCGCUCUGCGGACAUCGGGCAGGAGAUCCAGGAGGCCUGGGUCGUGCAGAACGCCGUGGUCUACGUCCUGAACCACAACCACCACCUCAUCCAGGCCGGGCGGCAGAAGGAGCUUGUGGACAGCUUGUACCACCUCCUGGGCGCCGUCAGGGACACCGGCCACAACGGGGACCCCGAGAUGCUGGCCAUGCUCUGCGACACCCUGGCCCGCGGCCUGGUGAUCAGCUGGAUCCCCCCCCAGGCGCCGGAGAAGUCGAGAAAGUUCGUGCGACCGAAUGUCUUCCACACCCCGCUGGACUCGGGAGCCGCCUCUGAGAUCAGGAGCGCGGUGGAGGUCUGUGAGUUUGCCUUGGACCUGACCAACGGGACUGUGCCUGAGGAGCUCGUCCCCACCCGUGCCCGGCAGCGGCUCAUCGCCACCUGGGUGAAAGCCAAGCAGCUGCUGCAGCAGCAGAUUGGGCCACGGCUGGGCACAGAGGAGCAGGGCACCAGUGAGGACAUCGGCUGCGUGACCAGGGUCCUCGUGGCCUUGGAGAUGUACUCGUGCAACGGGCUGGGCCUCAUGGACUUCACUGUCCCCUCGCUGGCCCAGCUGGUGAAAAUGGCCUCCGAGUGCAACUGGCCGGAACCCCUGGUGGAGCUGCAGACCCUGACGCGGCUGACCCACUUCGCCCACGCGGCGCGUGACCACGAGAUCACCAUGGCCUGUUCUCACAAGGCCAUCCAGUUGGGCAUCAAGUACCUGAGGACAUUUGGCCCGGUGGAGGCCCGGCUGGUGGCGGAAAUGCUCUGCGCGGCCGCGUGCACCCAGGGCAGGAGCAUCAUGGAAAACCUGAAGGGACGGAAGCAGCUGCGGCUGUCGGCCGCCAAGGCCUUCCUGGACAGCGCCAGGUUCGGGGGCGUCGCAGGCAACAGCGCCCUGGUGAUGGUGGCCGCGCGGCACCACUGGAACACCUGGCUGCCCCUGCUGUCCUCCGCGGCCAACAGGAAGAAGGCCAAGGCCGGCGUCCAGCGGAUCGUCAGCAUCAUCAACAAGAUGGACGCCCGGAAGCAGGAGAAAGGGAGGACCCUGCUCCUGCACCAGUGGCCCACCGCGGACUUCCAGAGCGCCGGGAGCACCGAAGGCUACUUCCUCCCAGGGGCCGAGGACGACCUCUCGCUGCGCGCCGCGCUGUACGGGCUGCUCUUCCACACCCACGCCGACCAGGACGACUGGGAGGGGGGCCUCAGGGUGCUGGACGAGGCCGUGCAGAUGCUGCCGCGGACGGCCCACCGCCUCCUGAUCUUCAAACACAUGGUCAUCGUGAAGGCCAGGCUGGGCCAGAACUUCACGAUGGAGAUGCAGAAGUUCAAGGACGAGAGCGAGCAGUACCUGGCGCACAUGUGGCACCGCCUGGCCCUGAACUCGAGGAACGUCUACGGGGAGCUGACCUGCUACCACAAUGCCAUCCAGGCCUUGCAGAAGCCGCAGAGCGCGUGGCAGAAGGUGGACUGCGUCCUGGAGUUCAGCGAGUGGCUGUACCACAGGCAGUUCCCUCUGGAGGACGUGGUCUUCCACCUGCGGUGGGCGAUCGGCAUCCUGCUGGCGAUGAGGCCCCCCCAGGCCGCCCCUGAGCCGGAGCCCCAGCCGGAGGAGGAGCACGAGACGGUUCAGACGCCGCCCGAAAGUCCAGCCCCCAAGGACGCGGCGAUGGUGUCCCUGGAGAGGCUGCGCAGCGUGCGGCAGCUGGAGACGCUGGCCCGCGCCUACAUCCUGCUGGCGCUGAUGGUGUCGCCCGCCGACGCCGGCUACGCGGACUACGGCCUGGUGGCCUACGUGCUCCUCAGACACAUCUGGCAGGUUUCUCUGACGACAGCAGGAAAAUUAAUCCCAGAGAAUAAAAUUCCUGCGGCGGCGAGCUCGUUGUUGUUGCUGCCUAAAAAAGAAAAGGAGAAAAGUAAAGAAAAGGAGAAGCCCACGGAGAGGGAGAGGCACAAAGAGAAGGAGAAGCCGCGCGAGAAGGAGGAAAAGGGGGGCAAGGAGGCCAAGCAGCACCUUCCCGGCAAGGGACCCGAAGGGCCACCAGCGAGUGUGGAAGAGUGGGCGUCCUACGCCUGCCCCGCGGAGGUGCUGUUGGUGUUCAGACAGGACAGAAGCGACUUUACCGUCAACUCAGCGAGCAUCCAGAAGCCGACGUACACCUUGUAUUACCUGGACCGCUUGGUCACCAUCCUGCAGAAGAUGUCCCUUCAUGAGCUCACGGUCCCCGUCCUGCAGCUGGGAGUCCUGAUUGCAGACGCCGUGGUGGAAAGCAAGAGCCUCGCGGACCUCUACCACCUCCGACUCGCCCUGGUGUGUUCCGAGCUGAAGCUGAGGGAAGCAGCCGCCUACCACGAGGAGGCCGUGGGGCCCGUGUACAUCGGGGACCUGGAGCAGGCGAGCUGCAGAAAAGAGAUCGCACUGAAGAGAGAGAAAAACCGGGGCCCCGUGCUGGAGGAAGACCUGCCGGCGCCGAGCGAGCAGGCGCCUCCCGCCCCCCGGGCCAGGGUGAAGCCGCAGGUGGCGAAGGACCAGAUCCUGAAGAUGAACACGGAGACCGGCAGGGGCCUGGACGGGGCGGCCUUCCCCCAGCUGUGGGCGCUCAAAGGGGAGGUCCUGCUGCAGAUGCACCUGUUCCAGCCCGCGCGGCUGCUGCUGGCGGAGGCGCUCGGGGCUUUCCAGGCCCUGGAUGACCCGUGUGCGGAGUCGAGGUGCCUGCUCCUCCUGGCACAGCUGGCCAACAAGGAGAAAAACUACGGGCAAGCGCAGAAGAUGAUCCAGGAGGCCCAGCGCCCGGGCGGCAGCGAGGAGUUCUGGUACCGUUCCGCCCUGACCCUGGCGGAGGCGCUCCUGUCCACGGAGGACGGGGGCAGAGAAGCCGCGGCUUGCCACCUGUUCCAGAAGCUCAUAGACACCUUCAAGGCCCUCAGGAGAGAGCAGCCCAACCGAGCGCGCGGGCUGGACUUCCUCGUCACGGACCUGGAGGCCAGGUGCCUGAGCCUACAGGUCAAGGUUGCCCGGGAGUCGGUGGACAACGAACCCCUUGAGUGCUUGGUGUCGCUGAAGGAGUUGGACAAUCGCUUGAUGGAAAUUGAGAAAAAAUUUAUCAGUUGUGGCUACAGAGAGAAUUGUGUUGACAUAAAACUAGAGCGCGCCCAGGUAAAGAGGUUAUGUGCCCAAAAUGAGAAAGAUGAAGAACAAAAAACUGCGUAUUACUUGGAAGCGCAUGACUUGGCCCAGAGAGCAGUAGCCGAAGAAGAAGAGAGAUUCCACAGGAUUCAGGGUUUAUUGUCCCUUCAAGGUUUGCAGAACAUCAACACGCCCCUGAUGAGGAGGCUCGCUGGCUGCAAGCUCAGCCUGGUGGAGGCGUCUCUGGACACGCUGCAGCUCAUCUGGGAGGAGACGCUGCAGCAGCAGCUGGAGCAGGGCUCGCUGGAGAAGCUGCUCGCGGACUAUCUGCAGAGCGCCAGCGACUACACUUCCGUCGGCUUGCAAUGGUUCAUGCUGAAGCGCACCCUGGCGCACACGGCGCUGGUGCAGCUGGCGAGUCUGCAGCCGCUGUGCACGGGCUGCGUGGAGACCCGCGCCCGGCUCCUGGGCCUGGCCGGGAGGGCCCUCCACCUGCUGGCCAUGCAAGCGGACCCUGUGCGCCCCACCUGCUACUGGGAGGAGGGCCUCUUGUUGGGCGCUAAGCUGAGCAGCCUGAAAUCUCUGCAGCUGGACGUCGAGGAAGAAGGUGUCGACAAGUCCAGCAGGGACCUGCCGGCCUUCAGAGCAGCCCCUGGGGGACACAGCAGGAAAGGCGAGGCCCUGAAGCGGAGGAUGGUGCUGGCCCGGCGGUUCCUGGCCCAGGCGUCCGAGGUGCUGCUGCAGUGCCUGCAGGUGGCCCUCGGCAGCGGCCUCCUGGACGUCGCAGCAGCCGCCAGCCUGGAGGUGGUGGAGUGCAUCGGCACCUUGGACCCCGCGGCCGCCUGCCAGUUCCUGGCACUGUCUCAGAGCUGCUCGGCCGCGGAGAUGAUGCGGGGCGUCCUGCUCACGGCCACGGCCGACACCAGCAGCUCGCAGAUGGCGGCCCUGCUGCAGCUGCAGCACCAGCUCCGGUGCCAGGACAGGACCUCGACCAGCCUGUUUGCCAGCGUGGAGCAGAGGCUGGCUGUCAUUUCCAAGGCCUGGCAAAACCUCCGCGUCACGGAGCAGCAUUUCACCUUCCUCAGCGAGAUGCCGCCUACGUUCCGGAUCCUCGUCCUGCACCUCUCGCGGGACAGGUCCCGGCUGUAUGGCGCCGCCUACGAGAAGCCCAGGUUCUUCCCCACGGCCAAGGGAAAGCCGCUGCAAGUGGGCGGCCACUGCAAGGUGACGCGGCUGGCCGUGAGCCCUGCUGCCUUCUCACACCUGCUGGCCCGCGCCCGGCGGUUCCAGGAGCCCCAGGCCGAGGUGUCUGCGGAGGACCCAGCCCUGAGCCCUGGCGUGGAGCCGGAGGAUGCAGACGGUCCGCGGAGGGUCCCCAGCGUCCUGCAGCCCAUGGAGGAGUACCUGAGGCCGCUCCUCCCCCUGUUCAGCUUCCCUGAAGCCAGAGUGCAGGUGCCGACUGUCGUCCCAGAUUCCGGGAAAUCCAAGGGCAAAGACAAGGAAAGGAAAAUUUCUGCAGGACCCACUCACUCCUCGACUCAGACCGAAGCUGCAGAUAAGAUGAUCCUGAUCGCAGACAGGAGCCUCCUCGAGCUGCCGCUGGAGGGUCUCUCUGUGCUGGGUGAAGGGACGGUUUCCUCUGUGUCACGAGAAUUCUCUCUCCAAAUGCUGUGGAAUCGCCUCCACCAGGAGGAGACAGACGGCGGCACGAGGAAGGAGGGACGCGACACCAAGAGGAGAAGCCUCACCAGGAAGGGCAAGAAGGGCAGCAUCCGCCGGACGAUCCCCUCCGACUGCUUCGUCGUGGACGCCGACAACUUCAAGUUCGUGGUGGACCCCCACGAGGAGGCCCGGGGCCCAGAAAUGCUGACUCCUGUCUCUGUGACUCGGGAAAUUCUGGAACGAUUCCAAGACACGUUCACUUCGCGAUGGGUGGGACAUCUGGGGACCAGUCACUUCCCGAGCCAGGCGCAGUGGGAGCAGGCCCUGGGCAGCUGCAGCGGCUUCUUCUUCUACGGGAUGGAGAGCUUCCUGUCCCACAUAGUCGCGGAGAGACUGGUCGCCAUGAACCUGCAAGAGUGCCACCUGAUCGUCCUCCUGGACAGGGCGCGGUCCCACGACAGCCUGCGGCGGCACGUGGAAAACUCGGAAAACAAGAGGUGCCUGGGGCAGUGGCGUGAGCCGGGUCCUCGCAGCCCGUCCCAGCUGUCCUUGGAGGAGCCCAUCGAGACCGCCAUCCUCCUGAGCCUGGCAGGAGUGAGGAGCAUCGUGGCAAACCAGUGGCCGGCGCGGCUGCAGGACAACGCGUGGCGGGCCAGCGUCCUGUGGGAGAAUCUGCUAACGUUCGGCAAGCCGGUAGGGGCGGCGGUCCGUCUGCUCCAGAGGGCGGGAGGCGAUGAGGCGGUUAACCGAGACGAGGCUCCGCACACCUCGCGGGACAAGCCCGCGCUCCUGCAGCCGCAGCCCGGGAGGUCUGAACUGCUCCCUGCCGCCCUCAACUUGGUCCUCUAUGGGCUGCCGAACCAAGCCAUCGGCUAG